GCCGCAGCAUUUUAUCCUACGCAACACUUUUGCAAACUGAACUUCUUUUUGCACGCCAGUGUCCUGCGGGUCGGUCGAAGGGCUUCGGAGCAGGAAAAAAGAAACCUGACUCACCACAAUGGCAGCAAUUCUCCUGCGGACCCUAUUAAAUAAGAAGGCCCCUGUUGAGCUGGGUCGCAUGUGUUACUCCUCCUCAGUGCCCGCCACCAAGCUGUUCAUUGAUGGAAAGUUUGUCGAGUCCAACACGUCUGACUGGCUUGACAUUCACAACCCUGCCACUAAUGAGGUGGUGGGACGUGUUCCCAAAGCUACCCAGGAGGAGAUGCUGGCAGCUGUGGACUCCUGCACCAAAGCCUUUCACUCCUGGUCUGAGACCUCCAUCCUCAGCAGGCAGCAGAUCUUCCUGCGCUACCAGCAGCUAAUUAAGGACAACAUUAAAGAAUUGGCUAAAAUAAUCACCUUGGAGCAGGGCAAAACUCUUGCUGAUGCAGAGGGAGAUGUAUUUAGAGGACUGCAGGUGGUUGAACAUGCCUGCAGCAUUACAUCCCUCAUGCUGGGAGAAACCUUACCCUCCAUCACCAAGGACAUGGACACUUACACCUAUCGCCUGCCCAUCGGAGUGUGUGCUGGCAUCGCUCCUUUUAACUUCCCUGCCAUGAUUCCUCUCUGGAUGUUCCCUAUCGGCAUGGUGUGUGGCAAUACCUACCUUAUGAAGCCCUCUGAACGGGUCCCAGGAUGCACCAUGCUCUUGGCCAAAAUGCUUCAGGAUGCCGGGGCACCAGAUGGUACAUUCAACAUCAUCCACGGCCAGCAUGCAGCGGUGAACUUCAUCUGUGACCAUCCAGCCAUCAAAGCCAUUAGCUUUGUGGGCUCCAACCAGGCUGGAGAGUACAUCUACGAACGGGGCUCCAAGAAUGGCAAGAGAGUGCAGUCCAACAUGGGUGCCAAGAACCAUGGUGUGGUGAUGCCUGAUGCCAACAAAGAGAACACCAUUAACCAGCUGGUGGGUGCCGCCUUUGGAGCAGCUGGCCAGCGCUGUAUGGCUCUCUCCACUGCUAUUUUUGUAGGGGAGUCCCGUGAAUGGCUCCCAGAGCUGGUGGAGUGCUCCAAAUCACUACGCGUAAAUGCAGGCGAUCAGCCCGGUGCAGAUGUGGGUCCCCUGAUCUCUCCUGAAGCCAAGAACAGGGUGGAGUCUUUGAUCCAGAGUGGCGUGGAAGAGGGUGCUAAGCUGCUGUUAGAUGGGAGAAAUGUCAAUGUCAAAGGAUAUGAAAACGGGAACUUUGUAGGACCCACCAUCCUGGCCAAUGUUACGUCGGACAUGAAGUGUUACAAAGAGGAGAUCUUUGGACCGGUGCUUGUCAUUCUGGAGGCUGAGAGUCUCGACGAAGCCAUUUCUUUAAUCAACGAAAACCCCUAUGGCAACGGCACCGCCAUCUUCACAACCAAUGGAGCCACUGCACGCAAAUACACACAUGGGGUGGAUGUUGGCCAGAUUGGUGUGAAUGUGCCCAUCCCUGUCCCCCUCCCCAUGUUCUCCUUCACUGGCUCUAGAGGUUCAUUCAGAGGAGACACCAACUUCUAUGGCAAGCAGGGCAUCCAGUUUUAUACUCAGAUCAAGACGGUGACAUCACAGUGGAAGGCUGAGGAUGCGACCCUGACGAGCCCAGCUGUCACCAUGCCAACCAUGGGGCGCUAAGCUAAAUUGACAGUUCAUCCAUCAUAACCUUCACUGACUCCUCUUAUGCCUUAAACCCAAGGAGGUAUUGGAAAAAGGGUUACAUGUCCUUUUUUACUGUUGAAAAAUACUCACACUGGGGGCUAUUGGUUGGUGAUUGUUUAAACUUUAAACAUCUUGGACACUAUUGUUGGACAAACACAGAUUGAUACAAAUGACAAUGCUAUUGGAGACGGGGGAGUUGAAUCAGACUGAUGCAAUGAAUGGUGCUGUGGGUCUCUGUGGGUUUGUUGUAUUUUUGUACCCGUUUCACCUGUUCAUAUCCUGUACUGUCCAGGUAGGCCAUGAUUUAGUCAUCAUCUUUUUUGUGUUCGUGUAAAAAAUUUUUUUUUUUUUUUUUUUUUUUUAAUAAUCUAAAAGGAGAAAUCAAAAGGAUCAGAGAUUCUACUGCUGAGCAAUGACAGCAAAUGUCUUCCACUAGUAUCCUCUAUGGUUCUGUGUUCUAUGUAUCAAAGCACUGGGUAGAUACUUGAAAAGUAGAUAUCUAUGGAACAAAUGCUACAUUAGAACAAUUGAAACACUCAUUCUGUUACUCCAUUUAAAGUUAAAUAAUGGUUGCUGUUCAAUUCUUCUAGAUGUACAUCCUACCGUAUACUGUCCAGUGGUGGGAUUAGUGUGUGUCGUCUUGGUCAGAUAGAGGUUCACAGUUUUGUACUGAACUGUCAGAGCAAUACUUUUUGCUGGGCAUGAAUGGUAAAGAAGUUUAAAUUGCCGUGUUUUACAUGCCAUGAAGUUGAAAUUAUAUUCUUCAUAAACCAUUACAUCUUUUCAUCCAGAGUAUUGGAGUUACUUCCAACUUUGUCCCCUUGACUCAUCUCUUAGGUCUUGUAGCUGAAAAUUAAGAGAUAAUAAGGGUAUUUGAGUCUGUAGUUUACUGUUAGACACUAAUAAUGAAUAAAGACAGUAAUCUGA